CGGUGACGUACAGGGGAUAGGUGUGUCGGCGGCAGGGCACAGCGAACCUUGCACCACGCCUAUCCAACUGUGUGCAGCUGCUAUCAAAAACUUUUUGGGGGGUGAUAAAAGCAGAGAGAACUAAGGUGAUCAGUGUAACAGUGCAAGAUGAAGAUGUCCGUGUCCUCCGCCCAUGGCACCAGCGACAGCAAGCGUUAAGUGGGAUGCAAAGGUUUAAAAGAGCCUGGGUGAUUCCUACAAUUUCUGUCUCUGAGAAUCUGAAAAGCAUUCCCUCUCAAGUAGUGCAGAUUAAGUCAGAUAAGCAAUAUCAGAGCAGUGUUAUCUACAGCAUAAAGGGGCCAGGGGUCGAUGAGGAGCCCAAAGGCAUCUUUAACAUUAAUAAAACAACCGGAAUUGUGUAUUUGAAUGCGGUGCUGGAUCGUGAAAAGAUUGAUCGUUUCAAGCUUCGUGCUUUUGCUCUGGACAGUGAUGGAGUUCCCCUUGAAGACCCCACCGAUUUAGAGAUAGUCGUUCUGGAUCAAAAUGACAACCGACCAGUGUUUUCGCAGACACUGUUCAGAGGAUAUGUGCUAGAGAAUGCAAUUCCAGGAACCCUAGUAAUGAGGGUGAUCGCUACUGAUGCAGAUGAUGCAAACACAGACAAUGCUCAGCUAAAAUAUUCCAUCAUCCAGCAGGACAGUCCAGAGAUGUUCAGUAUUAAUCAAGACAAUGGAGAAAUCCGAACCGUCCAAGUGGGACUGGACAGAGAGGUAGUGGGCUCCUACAACCUCACUGUACAGGUGGCCGAUAUGAUAGGAGAAGGGUUAUCAAGCACAUCGAGUGCAGUCAUUUCCAUUGGGGACCUCAAUGAUAAUGCACCACUAUUCACUCAAGAAGAGUUUAUAAUGGAUGUCCCGGAACAGAGCAGCAACUUAGAAGUUGGCAAAGUGAGUGUGACAGACAGAGAUCUCCGUGGCUCUCCAAACUGGAUGGUCAAAUACUCAAUCAUCAGUGGAGACCCCCAUGGAGCAUUUACUAUUCACACAGACUUGCAGACCAAUGAGGGCAUUCUUUCGCUUGUCAAGCCUCUAGAUCAUGAAGCACAUGCCAUUCAUAACCUGACUGUGUUUGCUGAGAAUGAAGCGCCACUUCUCCCCUCAGUCCUUCGUACAUAUAAGUCUCAGGCCAGAAUCAAGAUCAUUGUAAAAAACCUGAAUGAGCCCCCAGUCUUUUCAGAAAACGCCAUGAUGGUGAGAGUAAAGGAGAGGAUUAACCCAGGAAGUGUAAUUGGUGUCUUUACUGCAAAGGACCCCGACAUCAGUCUGUCCCAGGAGAUCCGUUAUUCUUUGGUUUCUGACCCUGCAAACUGGCUUCUUGUGGAUGCUCAGACUGGACAAAUAGGGACCAAAUACAGCAUGGAACGGAAGUCACCAUUUCUACAGAGAGGGUGGUACACUGCACUGAUCACUGCUGCUGACAAUGCUGUGCCCCCACUAAGCUCCACAGGGACACUAUCUGUGGAGGUAAUAGAACUUAAUGACCAUGCUCCAGUUUUGUUGCAGCAUUCUGGGGAGUUGUGCAAUAGUCCACAUCAUGGUCAAGGGAUACUGCUGAGUGCCACAGAUGAAGACAUGCCACCUCAGUCACACCCAUUCCAUUUUCAGCUGGAUCAAUCCUCCAUUGUCCUGACCCUUAACUGGAGCAUCAGUGAGGUUAAUGGUACCCACGUGAUGCUGGAAUUACUCAGUGAAGUGGAAGAAGGAGUUUACACUCUGCCCUUGCUGGUUUCAGACUCUGGUGACCCACCCCUGGCACAGUUGCACAUAUUGAAUGUAACUGUAUGUCUUUGCGAUGUGGUUGGCAUCUGUAGUGGCAGCGCAGCUCCUCUCUUCAGUUCUGGUACCGAUAUUAGCCUAAGUGCGCUAAUCAUUAUUCUAAGCAGUGUGGCCUUGCUAUUAGUUCUUGCUUUGCUGCUUCUCCUGUUGCGUUGUACGGCUAGUAACACAGCACAGAAAGGGUUAUUGUCAGACUCUGAGGAUGAUGUGCGGGACAACAUAUUCAACUACAAUGAGCAGGGAGGAGGAGAGGAAGACCAGGAUGCAUAUGAUAUGAACCGCCUCAGGAACCCAGCCAUGGCAGUGCCACCAUCACCUCGUUUCAAGCCUCCAAUUCGGAGAGAUGCUCCCUACAGUCAGACACUUCCUCGCUAUCCUCGAAGACCCUCUGACCGUCCUUCUGACAUUGCAGACUUCAUACAAGAUGGAUUGCAUGCGGCGGAUUCAGACCCCAGUGUUCCCCCUUAUGACACUGCAUUGAUUUACGAUUAUGAAGGAGAGGGGUCAGUUGCUGGAACCCUGAGUUCCAUCUUAUCUAGUGAAGGUGAUGGUGAUCAGGAUUAUGACUAUCUGCAGGAGUGGGGUCCACGCUUCCGCCGGCUGGCAGACAUGUAUGGCAAGGAGUGACUA